CUCGGCAAGAUGGCGAUAUGAGAAGUGUUGUGAAUCGCUUUGUAUGGACACAUUUUAUUACUGUUCUUUCCCAAAAUGAGCCAAAAAAGAGUUGUCAUCGUACCAGGAAACGGUGAUGGAGAUGUUGAACGAAGUAACUGGUAUGGCUGGCUCCAAAACAAGCUUACAGAGGUGAAGCAAGAUACCCUCUCAGAACGCCUCACUAGUUCUCUCUGGUGACGGGAAUAGAAGUUAAUAUGUAAUUUUGAUUUGAAACAUUACUAUUCUUUUUAGAAAGAUGUAGAGUGUGUUCUGAAGAAUAUGCCUGAUCCAGGUAUGCAAGAAACCGUUUUAUUAGGACAAUUUUGAAAUCCGGAAGUACGGCUUAAAGAAAUCAGACCUGUCUUAAAAUGGGGGAACUGUAGGCCCCCCCUCCCCCCCCCCAUCAAACUUUUGCAGGGGGGGGGGAGGAGCAUGGUCUUUUAUAAUUUGUUGCAGUAUAAUUGCAGCAUAAAUCAGGCUUGCUAAAAUGUUCAGUCUGAAUCCCCCCCUCUAAGGAGUUCAUUUUACAAACAGCUACAAAGUUAUGCAUUGUUAAAAAUAGGUCAGCUCUGCGUACGUGUGUCUAGUGCAAAAUGAAAUGAAUGUGUCAUGAGAUAAUUAUGUGCUUACAGCUGUCGUGCACUUCAAGUAUAUUUGGAAGUUAUGCUGAAUAGAUAUGAUUUGGUGCUUACCAAAGUAGUUCUCAAGGAAAUUGUUUGAUAGUCUAUUUGAUAAUUAUGACAAUGAGUUCUGAGUUUUCAAAGCAAAUUGAUGCAUGGGAGAGUUUUUCAACCAAUCAGGAGCAAAACUUAAUAAAGUAUGAAUUCCAAAGAACACAACAGCAAAUACCAUAUUUCUUGGGAAAUUGUGACAGGCUACUUGUCUUCAUGACAAUGAUGUUAAAUAAAUUGGUGCUUCUCAUCAUUUAUAGUGGUGGCACGUGAAGGAAUAUGGAUUCCAUUCAUGGAGAAACAGCUUAAUUGUAACAGCAACACUGUGAUUGUUGGGCAUAGCUCUGGGGCCCAAGCUGCCAUGAGGUGAUUUUAGUGAAAAAGAUUAUUGAUGAAAAGUUUAUCUCUUUGUAACAUGUCCGCAAAUCAAGGUUAGAAGCAUAUCACAUUUUCAUGAUCAACAACUUGCCCUGUCCUUGUUAAAGUACAUAUUGGUUGACAUGUGAUUUUAAACUUAUAACAGUUUAAAAAAUAUGAGGAGAAAAAAUUGCAUAACAUUUGGAAGGAGUUAUCUUAAUAAUAUCAAAUUCUCCUAAAUAAGUUGCAGGGAGAUUUAUACCGGCUAUAUGGGAGAGUUGGAAAUUAAAUCAAAUUGUUAAAUUCAAAGGAUUGUACAGUGGUCAAAAGGAAUGUGAGUUCAGUUUUCAAAGGAGAAUGGGGAAAGAGAUGGUAGUAAGAACGAGGAAUUCUUCUCUAUUUUCCCUAAUUUGGUCUGUUGGGGCUGACUAGUGGCCGAAUGAACAAACUGAUGUUGAUUAGGUCAUGUGGCUUGGUAGCACAUGGUUUUUGUCUCAAGAGUAUUUUCAUGUUGGGGACAGCGAUUGCUUUGUUCAUUUGUUACAGUUUUUUUACUUUUCCCACUCUUCAUCGUGCAGAAUAUGCAAGUAUAAAGUUUGUAUCUUCCUUUUUACCCCCAUGUGUUGUUAAUUUAGGUUUUCUUUCUUCAGUUUUUACAGUGGAGGUAGAUCAAUUUGAGACAACAGAAAAUGGUAGACAUGUCUGUAGUUUGAAAGUUGUACACAAUCACCAAUUGACCUAGCUCCAGUUGUUUGAAGAUUGGAUAACGCUAUCCACUGGAUAAAUCUCUAUCCAUUGGAUAGCAUUAUCCACCCUUUAUACAACUGGGUUCUGGAUUAAAGUAUUGUCUUCUACAACUAUGAGUCAAAAAAGCUCUCUGCGAAUUGUUCCAAACUCAAUCCACUCUUCAUCAUGUUGUUAUUUGUGUGCUGAACAUGGAAACAGGCUAAAAGAAAUAAAUUAAAGAUAAAUGGCUGAGACAGAGUGUACCUGCAAGUGUAAAAGGUACUUUGAUCAAAACACCCAUGAAAACAUGAGACCUGAAAAUUGCAAAUUCUUAUGAGGUGUGGGUCUUCAAGAGGUUUCAUAAAACAAAGUCAAGACUGUCUUUUGUUUCUCCACUUUGCACUCUACAAUUCUGUAUUUUGUUCCUUUUACUCAGAUAUGCAGAGAAUCAUUGUGUGCUUGGUUUGGUUCUGGUUUCAGCUUGUGUGACGGAUUUGGGAGAUCCCAAUGAAAAAGCAAGUGGUAAAGGAAAAUUAUCAUAACUUUUUUUCAUAGUUCUCCUCAUCCUCAUUAUCACAUUUUGAUGACUACAUAGCUUGCAUUUGUUUUGAAAGUAUUAGCUGAAAGAAUUGUUUUCACAGGUUAUUACAAUAGGCCCUGGGAGUGGGAACAGAUUAAGCACAACACACAGUGGAUCAUUCAGUUUGGCUCAACAGAUGACCCUUUUAUUCCAUUUAGCGAACAGAAACAAGUGGCGGAAGGAACUGAUGCCGAGUUCCAACAAUACUCUGAUAAAGGGCACUUUAUGUCAAUGGCAUUUCCUGAACUUCUUAAAAAGUUGAUGGAAAAAUUACAGGGAAGCUGAUUUAAAAAAUGGAUUUAUUCAGGGAUGGGUUUUAAUCAAAUGAGCAUCAAAAGUACCAAAGUGGACUGACAAGAUUUUGAUAAUUGAUGCAUCCUUAACCCUUUAACUCCCACAAGUGAUCAACAAAAAACUUUUCCCUAUAAUAUCCUUACAUUAUCCACCAAACAGGUAAUGAGAAUGUUUAAACUCAUCAGUUAGAAGUUGUUAUCUUGAUCUAACACCAAAUUCUCAUUACUAAUUUACAAGGAAAUGUGUAACAGCUUGAGGGGAGAAUUAACAAUUUGAUCUUGGGAGUUAAAGGGUUAAGAAGUUAUAAGUUAGGUAAGAAAUAGCUACUAAUUUUGUCCAUUUUCAGAGUUGAAGUCUGAAUAGAAAGGUGUAAAAAAAAAAAAUACUGUCAUGAUUGAUUGGUCUCAAUUCAUAAGACAAAUUGCAUCAAUCUGAUGAUGUCCUCUUAGGCUUGAAAUACCAAAUAAACACUCUUGCCCUAAGACUGAUUCCAACACUUGCUCUUGAGCAUUUCCAACAUGUUCAACAAACUGUGACCCUGUUAUUUGUAGAAGCUGUUCUGCAGCAUGAUCUGUCAGAGAUGCCUCUAUGCUCUUCUCUGAGUCAUGUAACUCAAGACUCAAAGUAUACUGCCACUUCCAGUACAUGGAUGGGGAUUUCUGAAAUCACAAUUUUUUAAAAACAAUUAUUUCACAAAGGUUAGAUAUGAUCAAACUUUCCCCAGCAUCAAUCUUAAAUAAGUUUUUAAACUGUAGCAGACAUUCAUUCAGUGAAAAUCUGAAAAAAAAGUUGAAGUGAAUGGAAAAUGUAGAGUGAUUGAAGCAAUUGAGCAAAUCUUGAUCAAAAUAACAUAAUGUUUAAUUUAAGUUGCUUCAAGAAGAUUUAGCAUUGUUAUGGUAACCCUAUAUGUCAUCUCAACUUGUUGAGAAAUGGUUAGGUAAUCUCUUUUGGAAUACCAUUUUCAAGGAAACUAAAGAAAAACUGUGUAAACAGCAAUCCAUCAGAGAACUGAAAGAAAGAAAAAUCAGCUUUGAACUGUGCUAACUUAUCUAAUCUCUCCUUACAAUAUCACUCUUGAAUCAAACAUUAAAAUUACAAGUAUAAAAGAAAUGAUCGCCAACCUG